UGAAACUUUGGGACCUUUCGACCUUGGAAAUAAGCUUGGAAGGUGAUCCCUCCUUCCCUCCCCAUCUAAUCUCUAAUCAGAUCAGAUUGAUAAGCUUACCGUUGUUACUAUCAAACAUCGCGAGUACUUCUGCAUUGCUUCAGGGAUAUCGCACGUUUGGCGUCCACCGAUCUGCAUUAUAAGGCCGCGCCCGCUCUUGGGUUCUGCAAUCCUACGGGCGCCAGCUGAUGCGUGCAGGGCCGUCCGCGUCGCCCUCUUCCACGUCACGCUCAUCCUCUUGCUUGGCCUGUGCCUGACUUUCUUCUCUCUCCUCAAGUCAGAGAAAGCUUCACCUAGUAACACGCCGAUGACAUCCUCAUGAGACACAGGACCACUGAGAUCAACUAUAGGGGAGUAGACUGGUCAUUGCUAAUGUCGACGGCCCUGGAAGGACACUCUUUGUUCUUUGUUGCUGCAGCCGUUCGAAGGCUGUCGUGACGCCUUCUAGUAUGUCACGCAUACCUAUCCUCUUGCGCUCAUCACCAGCACAAGGAACGGGUUCGUAUGGUGCACUUGCCAUCUCUUCGUUAGGCUCGAGUACCGAGGACAGCGAGGAAGACGUGACCGCCCGCCAAAUUGCACAUCGAUCCCGAAGAGCUAAAAGCGCGCUCCAGUAUAGCAUCUCGGCCAGCAAGGACUCAUUCUCUGAUCCUCACCCAGCUGACGACGAGGACGACUCCAUCGCCAGUGGCAGUGCCCACAGAGGCUCUCGGCGAAGCAGACGCACAGGCCCGAAAAGCAAUGGAAGCGAGACCGAGAGACACGACCUCGACCUGGAGACUACCCCAGCAGACCCUGGAGUGGAGUCGAGAUUCAAUGCUGGGAGCACUGUGCCCAAUAUCGAGGCCGUUCCAGAUACUAGGAGUAAGCAUGCAGUUGUCUCUGAAGACGAUGAAGUUUCCAGCCAGAGUGGACACUCUGCAUCAGGGUCGGACUCUGGCAGCGACACCGACGAAGCCGAUCCUCCUGACAACUCUCCCUACCACCAAGUUCGAGCCUCAGUAAAGCCUACAGAUGACACUACACUAUCCAUCAAUACUCCGCGCAUGUGGUUUCUCUCCAUUCUUUUCGCUAUUCUUGGUUCCUCCACCAAUCUGUUCUUCUCCCUAAGAUACCCUAGCGUUAGCAUUACUCCUGUCAUUGCACUCUUACUCGUCCAUCCUUUAGGUCUGCUUUGGGAUCAGUUCUUCAAGCGGGUAGGCGAUCCUGAUGAGCGUUUUAGCGACGGCACUCUGACUGGACGCCUGGAUCCGGCAUCUCGACAAGUGCACCUCAAUGGCCAUAUUCAACCGUCACUGGCGGAUCAAGAUUCGACAUGGCGAAGGAGUUUAAGACUUUGGCUUGGUCAGGGGCGGUGGAACGAAAAGGAGCACGCAUGUGUGUAUAUCAGCAGCAAUGUCUCCUUUGGUUUCGCUUUCGCCACCGAUGUCAUUGUGGAACAGACCAUGUUCUACGGUCAGAAGCUUGGUAUCACCUAUCAAAUUCUUCUAACAAUUUCGACACAAGUGCUUGGGUACGCGAUGGCUGGGCUAACUAGAAACUACCUUGUUCGACCGAGCGGCAUGAUCUGGCCUGGAACCCUCAUAUCUGCUUCGUUAUUCUCUACCCUGCAUAAAGAAGAGAAUAAGCCUGCCAACGGGUGGACAGUAUCUAGAUCAAAAUUCUUUCUCUAUGUCUUUAUUGGAUCGGUGCUAUUCUACUUCCUCCCUGGACUUCUCUUUCCGGCACUGAGCUAUUUCAGCGUCGUCACAUGGUUUGCCCCGAAGAACGUUGUCGUCGCCAACUUUUUUGGCAUUGCAUCUGGCCUUGGUAUUUUCCCUCUAACAUUCGACUGGUCACAAAUCGCAUACAUUGGAUCUCCUCUGGCUGUUCCAUUCUGGGCGGCACUAAACAUUGUUGCUGGACUCAUCGUUGUCAUGUGGAUAGUCGCCCCUAUUCUCUACUACUCCAAUGUCAUGUACUCCUCGUACAUGCCAAUUUUAUCGACUGCGGUCUUUGACAACACCGGAAAGCCGUAUGAUGUCAGCAGGAUUUUAACUCCUGACUACCUGUUCGAUCAUGAGGGAUAUAACAACUACAGCCGUGUGUUUCUACCGAUAACAUAUGUGCUCAGCUAUGCUCUGCAAUUUGCUGCCCUCUCAGCCCUGGUCACUCACACAGGCCUCUGGCACGGUAAAGACAUUAUCCGCCAAUGGCGACGAUCCAUGAGGGAGAUCCGCAGUCAGGGCAAAAGUGGCUACGAUCCACUUCCGACCACUACGAACGAUUCAACCUCUACACUUCGCAAGCCAACCAGCAGACGUAGCAUGAACGCUUCUGAGCCAGGUCUUGAUAAUCUCUUGGGUGCGGAAGAUGUCCAUAACCGUCUUAUGAGAAGAUACCGCGAUGUUCCGCUUAGGUGGUAUGUGCUGACUGGACUGAGCAUGACAGCCAUUGGAAUGUUUGUUGUCGAGUACUUUCCCAUCCACCUACCCUGGUAUGGCCUCCUUCUCGCCCUCGGCAUAUGCUCCGUUCUUUUCAUCCCUAUCGGCAUUGUCAUGGCAAUCACGAAUCAGCAAAGUAGUCUCUACCUAAUCUGCCAGCUCAUCUGUGGUGUCGUUUUCCCCGGUCGUCCGGUCGCAAACAUGGUCUUCGUAACCUACGGCUACAUCACCUCGACGCAAGGUCUAAAAUUUUCCGCUGACCUGAAACUUGGUCAUUACAUGAAGAUCCCCCCGCGAAUCCUUUUCUCGCUGCAACUAACCGCUACCGUCAUAUCAUCACUUACCCAGAUUGGCGUUCUCAAUUGGAUGCUUGCAAACAUCCCUGGCAUAUGCACUGCCUUUGCUAUCAAUGGCUUUACGUGCCCUCUUGCACGGGUUCAUUUCAACGGUAGUAUACUAUGGGGUGUUGUUGGUCCGCAACGUUUCUUCGGCCCUGGGGCUCUCUACCGUCCACUGGUAUGGGCAUUCCUCUUUGGCUUCCUCUCGUCGAUUCUCGUCUGGUACCUUGGUACUCGCAGUAAGAAGAACAUCUGGCGCAAGAUCAACCUGCCUGUGCUGUUCGGUAGUCUCAGUUGGAUACCCCCUGCUACAGGACUGAACUUCAGUGUCUGGGCAGUGGUGUGCUGGAUCUUCAAUGAUCGACUAAUGAAGAAGAAGAACGAAUGGUGGCGGAAGUACAACAUGACACUCAGCGCUGCGCUUGACUCCGGGCUCGCGGUCGGCGUCGUGGUCGUGUUCUUCGGGUUCCUGUAUCCAGGGUGGAUGGAUGGCUUCAAGUGGUGGGGCACGGAAGUUUAUAAGCAGGGCUGCGAUUGGCAGGCUUGCGCAUACAAGAAAGUUCCCGACGGCGGCACCUUCGGCCCGGGCCUAUGGUAGAACAUUCAACCUUUCUGCCGCACUCUACAGAAAGAUCUCAGCAUACAAUCCUAGCAUAUAAACAUCGCAUGUCGCACUCAAGCAUUGUUGUCUAGCGCUUUUCGCCAUCAACAUCAGUAUUCGGCGUUCUCACAGGGUUCAGCAUCGCACUUUGCAUCACGGUAGAUAUACACGCACAUAGAAGCAUCGCAUAUCUUGAAAAGCAGAUCCUAGCAAAUGAUAUCAAGGAAUCUCAUUAAAUCUCUCGCGUAUACAGAGGUUUCAGAUCAUCUGUAUUUGUCUCACAACUAACAUCUCCGC